AUGAAUUCUAAUAAAUCGUUGAGCAGAAAAAACAUAAAUAAUCACAAAUCGGUUUUGCGCAAUUAUUCAAACAAAACCUGCAUCCAGAAUGUUUCGUUAGAAAAAUGGCCAAUGAAUCCUGUUUCUAUCUUGAAAGAACCGAAAGAUAACGUCAGCAUUCUUGGUCAAAGAUGCAUAAAUUGCUUAAAAGGCGUUUAUAAGUUUGUAAAGUUUCUGAUAAACUUGAAACAUUCUGUUUCGUCUAACAAUGAUAAUUUGGCAGAUUACCAGUCAAUCAAAACGGCAGUGGAGAGCUAUAAAAGCAUGCUAGAAUUCGUUGCAGGCGACAAUGUGCCGAAGCUAACUUAUAACACAAGUAAUCAUCAACUAUGCAGGAAACCAUUUGAAACAUUAGCUUUCAAUCACCCAGCAAUAACAAGUCUGCUGAAUAUAAUGAACACAAACAAAACUCUAUUUUUCAACAGUGCAUAUAAAACUUCAAACGCUGAUAUUCAAAUGGAAUAUUUAUUAGACAAUAGCCAGGAACUAGAAUUACUAAACUUAAAUGAUUCCGAAGUGUUUUGUUCAGAAAAAACCAAUGAGGAAGAAGACACAUUUUUGAAAACCGUUGAUUUAGCAAUAAAAAGCAAUUCUCCGGAUACAGUGAAUCAAAUGAUUAAUCAGGUUAACAAAUGGUUUUCUCCACGGAUUCCUUCAACCAUAAACUCCUAUCAAACGCAAAUGCAACGUUGCAAGUCAAAUGGAUAUGGUUUUCACGAAUUUGAAAAAUCGUGUAAGUUUUUAUAUAAAAAUUUUUCAAAUAAUCCAACCUAUGUAGCUCACAUAUUAGCCGAAAAUAACGUAAUCGACAAACAUAAGCAGUUACUUCUGGACGAACUAAAAACACUACGUCAGUGCGUUGAGCAUAAUUCUUCAUUUGAUAUUGUGGAAGAUUUUGCUCGUAAACUCUAUAUUAAAAGUUCUUGUAACCGAUUAGAUCAUUAUUCUAAAAUUUAUGAUUUGUUGGCCGACGAAAAAAAACGUAUACUUAAAUUAAGAAAUGAAGAAUUAGAAGUUUAUAACACCCACAUUAAAAAAUUGAAGCUUGACGCUUCCAUAGCCCAAAAGCUAUUUGUCGAAUGGGUCGCUAGAGCUAAAGAAGAUGACGAUUCUUCCACUAGCUUAAUUAAUCUUAAAUUACAAAAAGUAAAAGACACUUUUCAAAAAGGUACUUUUAAAAAAACCUAUGCAAAACUUCAAGUUGAAAACUGGCAGAGUGAAAAAAAUUUGCAUCACGUGAAAAAUAAAUUAAAAACAGAAAUUAUUGCCUUACAUAGCAAAUACAAAAACGAAAUGGCUAUAUACGAGAAUCAGAUUAAACAAGAAAUUUCAAACUUUGAUGAUAUAAAUACAGACAUAUCAUACCUUUACAAAACCAAACAAAAUGAGUUUGUGAAAAUAAUUAAUGAAAAUAAAGACAUUUUUUGGUCGACAUGCAAGCAUCAAAUGGAAAUUAUAAAUAAAGAAAAUGCUACUGUGAAAAUUCAAAAUUGGUGGCGGAACUAUGUUGUUAAGAAAAAUAAAAAAUCACUGAGUCCAUUAGGUGAAAAAGUUUUAAACAGUUUGAAUAAUGCCAUUAAAAACGUCACUUUAAUUUGUAGCUUAAAAACAAAUUUAAAAAAAAUUAAAGACUGCAUAGAUGAGGGCGAAUUGAAAAACUUGCUGAAGGAACUCGAUGAAAUUUACACAUAUUCGGCAAGUUUCUAUAAAGUUCUUUCUUUAGAUAAACCUGACAACAUUUUACCAAAGAGUGAAAUAUUUUGUAUUAACGACAGUUCAAGUGAAUAUGAAGAUCUAAUAAAGUGCAGCAGAGAACUUUUUAAAACUAAUUUAAAAUUUUCUCUCAAAAACAAAAAAAGCUAUAGCUUAGAAAUUUUUUCAGUGGAAAAAUGUUCUUUGUUUGAUAAUAUAGAAGAAAAUGAUGAUAAAGAUUUGAUAGCUGAUAUUUUCAAGGAAGAGAAUUCAUUUACUCAAGAUGAUUUUAUUAACAACUUAAAUUUCAACAAUCCAGAAGUGCUUUUCAAAAAAUUCGACAUCUACACUUCUUUUUAUAACCGCUUACAAGACACAAAUUUUGAUAAAUCAUUUCAAAAUUUAGAAGCCUUGCGUGGUAGUUCUGGCCUGACGAGACCGAAGUUGACUCAAAUUUGCAAAAAUAUUUUGAGAUGUUUAAAUAAAAUGUAUAACUUUGAAAAUUUUAUUUUUGCAUCAGAGAUAAAAAACGACAUUGGGAAUUUUUUUUUAAAAGAACUUAACAAACUUGUAAAUAUUUAUAGUCACAAAUAUCAUUUAAGUCCUAUCGAGGAAUUCGGCAGACGAUUGUACAUCAAAAGUAGUCACCACCGUUUGAAGCAUUAUUCCAAUUUAAUUUGUGUUUUAAGCGAUGAAAGAAAAAUCAUAAAUGCUGAACAGGAACAAAAAAUUAAAGCGUUAAAUGAAGCUAUUAGAAAUUUGAAACUUAUUGCUGAUACAACCCAAAAGGUGUUGAGUGAGAAUAUAAACAGAAUAACAGAACAAGAACUAUUUUCCAGAUUGGCAGAAGAAGCAAACUUUGUUACGAGAAAAAAAAUUAACCGCAUCAGUUCAACGAUGGGAAAUAAACUAUGGCAGCAUGCAAAUUGGGAAAAAGAAUAUGAACUGAGACGUAUGAAAUUCAAAGCUAGACGAUCUCUUGAAGACAUAAAAUAUAAAUAUAAUAACGAAAUCUCAAAUUUGGAAAAAGAAAUGAAAAAUGUGAUGAUUGAAAAUUCCGUGGAUGAAAAUAAGAUAAAUAGUUUUAAAAAUCGCUUCACAAUUUCAAAAAAUCAAUUUAUUAAAAUCCUCUUGCAACGUAGUCUCGAAACCAAAGUUUACAUAGAAAAAAGAAAUAUGUUAAUGUUCCGAAAUGAGUCAGCUACAAAAAUUCAAACUUGGUGGCGUAAAAUAAUUUUAAAGAAACAACUAAAAAAAUUAAACAGAAAUUAA